CUAUUUUUUGUUGCAUUGAUUUUGUUCUGGUAAACAAGUUUUUAACUUUACAUAAUCAAAGUUGUCUAUUCCCACUGGUUUUUAAACAGACCUGAAGCAAUAAAUGCUUAUUUUGGCAACCACUUCACAGAAACAUAAUUUCUGGUGCAUGGAUUGAAUUUUGUCAGUCUCGUUUCUUUUCAUUGAUGACUGUAGGAGUUUUAUUUAGGAUUUAUAAAAGCCAAGGAGGUGUGGGUGAGGAAAGGGGAGAAUGUAGUUUCUUUUCUCUUUUUCUAUCAAUAUAAUUUAUACCUUAGAAAGCUGCUUUUUAAAAAACAGGGUUAGAAGCUCUCCCUGUCCCUUAUUAAAACAACAAAAGCAAAACUUCACUAGCUUUGGAUUGUAAACAAGCAUUAAAAAUAAUUCUUGGCUCUAGGCAGGGGCAUAUAUUCAAUACUUUGAAGUCUGUCCCUAGACUUAAAGAUAGAAGUCUCUAUAUAUGGAGAGAGAAGAAAGUUUGGGAACUAAAAGAACACUGAACUUUUCAUUCAGAUGCAAUAGUAGAUGAAGGCAACAAAAAUUCAGUUAAAUAAGCACCUGUCUUAUCUUUUUUCUGACAAGAUGUUCUAUUUCCCAGAGAAAGCAAACAGCUGAAUUCAUGGCAGAUAGUCCUCCAUACUACAUAAAAAACACCUGGCAGUUGUUUUCAUAUUAGUUUAAAUGGCCUUCAGAAAUGUAGGUCCAGCUGGAUUUGUUUUUUCAUCCUUGCUGAUAAGAGGGCUUGGAAAUUUGAGAAAAUAGACCUUUCCCCUGCUGCUUAGAAACUCUAUGGAAACAGUUUUUUGAAGGAUGGAGAAAAUGAGAGAAAACAAGAUGUAUGUUAGGUCUCUGGCCAGCUGUCAUUUAAAUAUUGAAGGCAGGAACUAGAAACAGGCUGUUUGUUUGAGGCUGACCUUUGCAGACCAUUUGAAAUCUGUAUAAAUGAUGGAGUGUUUGGAAGAUGCCUGCAAGGACCUAUGAUAGACAUGUAUCGAUAUGAAGUUACACCCCCAAUUCUUGAGCAUCUAAGGACCAUCUUGCAGAAGCUCUCCCAUAGAGGUUUCACUUGGCAAGAUGAUUUUACUCAGGGCACUGUAGCCCAGGAACUUGCAAAUAUACCGAAAAUCUACCAGUGGCACCCUGAAUCUCUAGCAAGUGAUGGAGUCAACUCAAUCAGGACUUCAAAGCCAAAGGUUGAUAAUAAAAGGCCAUCUACCCUCGAAAAUGAUAUCGACUUAACCAAGAGUCUUCAGCAGUAUCUCACAUACCUAAGAAUUCUCACCAGGGCCUCAAGUCCUAAUGUAUAUCCUUGGAUUAAGAAUGACAAAGCUUCUGUUCAGAACAACAUCUUUCCUGAACAUCUACUAAAUUACAUAGUUCAGAAGGCCAGAGGAAGUACCCCUGCACUGACCUAUGUUCCCAAAUCCCAUCCAAAUUAUCCUGAUAAUCCCUCCCGGAGGACCUUCAGCCCAAUUCAGCCAGACACAUUCUCCUACAACCUGGACCCAGAUCUUGACAAACAGAAUCUGAUAGCUGCUCUCAAGGCCUACAUGGCUCAGAAUGUGGCAGAGGAGAACCCUGACAAAGGACCCAGUGGAAGGACUCGGAGUAGCCCUCAUUCCAGUAGUUGGUUUCUUCCAACAUACAAUGAAGCCUUCUCCAAAGAGGAGGAAAGCAUGGAUGUGAAGGAAAAACCACUUUUCCUCCUGAAAACGGGAUUGAGAGAUCUAAAUCCUGGCUCUGAAAAGUCAGUUCAAAAAUUAUCAUCUGUUCCUGGGGAUGCCAAGGACCCUCUGAGUACACUAGAUGAAACCUUGAUUCAGAAUGUCCUGAAGGAUCUGAGGAAGCAACAAGGAACCAUAGAGAACCUGAGUCCCUUGGAGCUGCAAAAGAUGGCUGAUGUGAUUACAGAUGUCAUGCAAGGCUCAAAUACUGAAGUGCCAGGAAUGGUGGGAAGUGAGACUGUAGGAGAACAAAGAGAACAAGAAAUGAAGAGGGUCAACAGUCCAGAAUCCAAAAACUAUCCAAAUGGCUUGAUGGUUCAAGAUAAUUUGCAAGAUAACAGAGAGCAGGAAAGUGAUGACAGAGUUGAUGAAAAGGUGAAAGAUUUGGAUACCGAAAUGGCAGGCUUUGUGAAUGAGCAGGAGACUCAGUAUUUGUCUGAAGGAUUACCUUCUGAAAAACUCUUUAAAACAGAGACCAAGAAAUCAGAGGAUUCUGAAUCUUCCCUUUCCUCUGAAGAGGAGAAUGCUGGGGUUGAAAAUGUGAAGAGUGAGACCUAUUCCCAAGAACUAACAGCAGAGAAGAAACCAUAUGCUGACCCAAAUGCCAAUGAAUUUGUGGAGUUUCAGGACUGGAUCCAGGGUACUCUGAAACAAGAUGAAAGGCUUUCUGAAGGACCUCCCAAAAUUCCAGGGGAAGGUCUACAAUUAGAAGUGAAGUCUUCUGAUGAAGAAGAAUAUGGUUACAUUAUGACAGAGGAAGACCCUCUGAGUGUGGAGAAGGGGAAGAAGUUGAUCAAGGAAGUGGCACAGCUACUGAAGUUGCCCCCAACUGCCAUUGUGGAUGUCAAUGUGCUGGGACCAGCAGUGACCUUCAAAGUGAGCUCCAGUUUCCAAAACAUGACAACUGCAGAAGUUGCAAAGGCAACAGCUGACAACAAAGAAAAGCUUGAAAAAGCCUCAGGACUGAAAAUUCUCCGAACUGGAAUUGGGUCGAAAAGCAAAUUAAACCUUCUUCCUCAUGGAGCAGAACAAGAAGAUUCUACCAAAUUCAUUGUCCUCACCCUAAUCUCCAUUGCUUGCAUCAUUGGGGUCCUCCUAGCUUCAGGGGUCCUCUAUUGCCUCCGCCAUAGUUCUCAUCAUAAGCUGAAGGAGAAGCUUUCAGCACUAGGAGCUGAUUCAGGCUCAGAUGCCACUGCUGCUUACCAGGAGCUGUGCCGUCAGCGCAUGGCUGUCAAGACAUCUGAUCGCCCAGAGCCUCUGCAUACUUCCCGUAUCAACAGUGUUUCAUCACAGUUCAGUGAUGGUCCCAUUCCUAGUCCCUCUGCUCGGAGCAGCACUUCUUCCUGGUCUGAGGAACCAGUCCAAUCUAACAUGGACAUCUCCACCGGUCACAUGAUUUUGUCCUACAUGGAAGACCAUUUGAAGAAUAAGAACCGGCUGGAGAAAGAGUGGGAAGCACUCUGUGCCUACCAAGCUGAGCCAAACUCAUCUCUGGUAGCCCAGAAGGAAGAGAAUGUGCAGAAGAAUCGUUCUCCUGCUGUGCUAACAUAUGAUCAUUCCAGGAUACUUUUGAAAUCUGAAAAUAGCCACGACAAUUCUGACUACAUCAAUGCAAGUCCCAUUAUGGAUCAUGACCCCAGAAAUCCUGCAUAUAUUGCUACCCAAGGACCACUUCCAGCUACUGUGGCUGACUUUUGGCAGAUGGUCUGGGAGAACGGCUGUGUCGUUAUUGUCAUGCUGACACCCCUCACGGAAAACGGAGUCAAGCAGUGCUACCACUAUUGGCCAGAUGAAGGGUCCAACCUUUACCACAUCUAUGAGGUAAAUCUGGUAUCUGAGCAUAUCUGGUGUGAAGAUUUCCUAGUGAGAAGCUUUUAUUUGAAAAAUCUUCAAACCAAUGAAACCCGGACCGUAACUCAGUUCCAUUUCCUUAGUUGGUAUGACCAGGGAGUUCCUUCUUCUACAAGAUCACUUCUGGAUUUCCGCAGAAAAGUAAACAAGUGCUACAGGGGCCGUUCUUGUCCAAUUAUUGUUCAUUGCAGUGAUGGUGCUGGAAGGAGCGGCACCUACGUGCUGAUUGACAUGGUUCUCAAUAAGAUGGCCAAAGGUGCUAAAGAGAUUGAUAUUGCUGCUACCCUGGAGCACUUGCGGGACCAGAGACCAGGCAUGGUCCAGACAAAGGAGCAGUUUGAGUUUGCCUUGACAGCAGUGGCAGAGGAAGUAAAUGCAAUACUUAAGGCACUCCCCCAGUGAGCACCCCAAUUCCUUGAAUCUCUCUGAAGACUCAUCCCUCAUCCUCCAUCCCUGUGAAUGUUGUUGGAAACCAUGACUUGACCUUAAUUGUGUCUUCUAUUGUAAACACAUAAUCAUAGGGUCUUCAAAAUGCCUAUAGCUGAUACAGUUUAGCAGUUAAAAUGUGUAUUUUUGUUUAAAUAAAAAAAAUAGAAACAUCCAGUGUUGGAAGGGGGGGAUAGUUUAUCUAUUCAUUUUCACUUUCAUGAAAAAAAUUUUCACUUCCUGAAAGCACACAUUUCACAUACAUUAGUUUCAAAUAAUAUAAUAUUAAUAGUUCAUUAAUUAGCAUAUUCUUAUGCUCUUAGAAAGGAAUGAUUGGUUUUCAUCUCUAACUUUCCAAGGGAAGACUGAUAAGGUCUUAAAUACAAAACUCCUGGGUUUAAAAAAAACAGAUUUUUUUAACCUGACUUACCUUAAGGAAAUUGCCUUCUCAUGAAGAGUUUAACAGUUAUUAAAUUAUGUAGUUUUUAUACAAAUGGCUAGAAGACAGUGUGAGUUGCUAUUGUAGUGCUGGUGGCCCAACCUAGAGGCAAGUGAUUUGACCUAAUUGGCACAAUUGUUUGGCAGUCAAAAGCAUGUAAUCCAUGAUGCUGUAUUAAUCACAAAGACUUUCUCCUGUGUCCUGAUGCUUUUAGAUCCUAUUUACUAGGUCUAGAAAUUUUUUUUAAAGUUACAUUUCCAUCUAACAUAUAUUAAAAUUCCACAAACCUAAAAGGCUAAAUAAAUGCUAUUUUCCAGUUCGAACAUUCAAACUGACUUUCCCUAUAAUAGAAAGAUAUUCAAAACAAUAUAUAAGGCCAUCUCAUAUGGAAACACAUGUCAGUCUUUGGCAUUAGGGCAGCAGCAUUGCUAUAUUCAUUUUGUGGAUGAAUGCUCAGAAUAGAAAGAAAAAGUUAACAAGGUGCUUGAAAGUAUAGAAAGUUUCUGAAUAACACUAACUAGGCUAACACAGUAACUUCACAGUCAAGAGAUAAAAUAGUGCAACCUGUAGGAAAUGUUUUAUGGAUCUCUAUUAGUAGCCUUGGAAACUACCAUGGAAAUUCCUAUUAAUUUCACAGAGGGAAAGGAAAUAAAGAAACUUCUUCAUGUACGAUUUCAUGUCAAAAAACAAACAGGAGAAAUAUGGAAAUGUGGUCAGCCACCCAAUUAUAUUUUGUCCAUGUAACAUCAAAUGCCUCAUUUAACAAGAUUUUUCCCCUCCCUCAAUUAGACUGGUUAUUUUGGCAUUAUAUUUAAUUUUGUAUUAUGGGGGCUGAAUACUUUGGUUAAAAAUCAUACUCGUUGUUUUUGUUGGCCUCUGAAAGAUUAUCUAUUUCUUUUUGCCUUUCAUUGGACAUGAUUUUCAUGCUCAACAAGACCCAAAGGUCUUCCUCCCUAUGCUGUAGGAUUCAUUCAUAAGGCUGUGAACAAGGUGUUUCCUGUCGCUUAGCUUUUCCACUAAAUUCCAUAUCAUGCCUACCAUUUCAAUUACAUUAGAAGAAGCAGUGCCUCCUGUAAGAAAAAGAGAGAUGCCAAAAUGUAUAUGUCUGUUAAUGGUAUAGGCAUGUGAUGCUGCUUUAACUCAUCUACCUUUCCUAUAGAAAAAUUGUUUUUCUCUAGUGGUAAUUUAAAUUGUAGACAAGAAAACUAUCUGAAUGAAGGGAGCUAAUACCUAAUUGUAAUGUAUAACUUAUAUAUGUCUCAGAUAUUCUCCAACGAGGGAGAUAUAUUUAAUUGUGCCAUAUUAAACUUUUGAUUUCAGAUUUGAA